AUGGUUCCACGGUGCUUCAUUGUCCGCCACGGUGAGACCGAAUGGUCCCUAAACGGGCGACACACAGGAUCGACCGACCUGCCCCUCACCAGCAACGGCGAAAAGCGCGUCAAGGCCACAGGUAAAGCCCUUGUCGGAAGCGACCGGCUGAUAGUCCCCAAGAAGCUGGUGCAUGUUUAUGUCUCGCCCCGCGCCCGCGCCCAACGGACCCUCGAACUACUCGAUAUCGGCUGCCGCGAGCGAUUGCCCUGGAAGAAGGAAAGCGUGAAGGAGGAGUUUAUCCGCACCGAGGCUCAAGUGCAGAUCACCGAGGCCAUUCGCGAGUGGGACUACGGCGAUUAUGAGGGUUUAACGAGUAAGCAGAUCCGGGAGCUCCGGGAGAAGAACGGGCAGGGGCCAUGGAAUAUCUGGACAGAGGGAUGUCCGGGAGGAGAGACCCCGGAAGAUGUGAUGAAGCGGCUUGAUGCACUGAUCGCUGAAAUCCGAGAGAAGUAUCAACGUCAGUGCUUCGAGAACCCCGAAAAUAAGGGCGAUGUGCUUGUUGUUGCACACGGCCAUAUUCUCCGUGCCUUUGCCAUGCGCUGGAUUGGGAAGGAACUGGGCGGGACCUCGUUCAUUUUGGAGGCUGGCGGUGUUGGAACGUUGAGUUAUGAGCAUCACAGCAUCGACGAGCCAGCAAUCAUUCUUGGAGGAGCUUUCGUGGUUGACGAAUAG